AUGUGUCUCCAGAUCGCAACGCACACGCAGGUCUGCGACACCAGACCGACUAUCAAAAUCAGCCAAGACUCAGAUUCGACGGUCGUAGACCCGUUCCGCGCCCCUGAUGUCUUGUGCAGUUGUGAAAAGGGUAGCGACGCACGCGGAUCUCAACAGGAUUGUGGGACCAUCACUACCCGGCUGGUCCAGUGUCCAUGCGACAACGUGGUCCAGUAUCACACCUACGUCCUAAGCCCUUCGGGUAGUGUCGAGUCGCCGGUAUGGAGGGAAGAAGUGUACACGAUGGAGGAGCACUACGGCGUUCACCGAAGUCUGGGUUCCACACCGAUUUCCGAAGAGCUUCGAGCUGCCCGCUGCGGCGUGCGCUUCCAUAGAUCUCAGCUGGAAGCAAGAGAGCUUGAUGCCAAGCAGGCAUUCCGCGAGUUGAGAUCGGCCAGGGAAGAGUGUCAAGUGGCUAGACUCCGUCACGAGGACACCCAGAUCGUGCAGCUUGCGGAGCACAAAGCCAAGUUUUGUGAAAAAGUGCGUGAGGCUGUCUGCAAGAAAGCCUCAGAGCUGAGCAAGUGUGCUCAGAAUUGGGAGGCAUUAGUGGAAUUGCUCGAGAAGCAGGAAUUGGGAAAGACGGGGGCUGUUGAGAUGCCGUGA